AUGACACGCACAGCAGCACAGCAGCACAGCUUCCAGCACUUCACAGGUGCUUCACUGAUGCCGCUGAGGGCAUGGAAUGCUGACUUGGUGCAAGCCCUGCGGGCCAAGGAGAGCGAGCAGCAGGCAAAGAACUCUCAAACGUGGCUUCUGUGGCGGAGAGCGGCAGAGACUGUCGAAAAAGUCAGGAAGGACAUCAAGAUCACACAAAGUGGAUCGGUGCAGAAUCUCCCGAAGGAGAGCAGCGAAUUCCGAAAGACAGCUCGAGAGUAUUGUGAGCAGAUCAUGCGCAAUGGUGUGGUGCCUCAAGUGAUCCGACCUGCACAAGCUGGCAACGCUGGCAAUGGAGAACACCCGUACCUCCGAAGCGUCCAACAUCGUGGGGGCGGAUAUGCAAUUUUGAGGGCCUUGUGGGACGCAGAGAAGUCACCAAGUUAUGAGGGUUUUCUCACCAAAGAUCAGAUCUGCCGGCAUGGUCAGAAGUAUUGUGACGUGCCCAUGAGAGACAACCAUUUCGAGGGACGGGACCACGGACAUGGCUGGGAAUCCAACAAGACAUUGGUGUCGCAUCGCUUCAUCGAAAGGGACAAAGCUGGGAAGAGUUGGAGCACCAAUUUCCGCGGCCCAAAAGAUCGCAUCAGUUUGACCCAGGCUGGCCGAGACUUCGUGCCGCAGAUGUUGCAGAAGUUUGGUGACAUCGACGAUGGCGAGGCUGAUGCUCCAGCACCGCGGAUGGCCCGGGUGGUCAAAGCGACCAAAAAGUCACCGGAGGAUUUGGCUGCAUUGCAAACCUGGGCUGACACUGCACCAACUGGAGCAGAGAAGGAGUUCCAGGUUUCCAAAGAUCGCCGAAAAUACCUGCACAACGAGAUAGAUGCGCUGAAUGCAAAAGGUUUGGGCUACAGAUUGCUUCAUUAUUCAAGGGGCGACGGAAGACAACGGACACUGGUUGUCAAAAAGGUUACGCAGAACGAAAUUGGAAUGUCAGCAACUCCCGCAACAGCUAUGAGUCUGGACUUCCCACUUCCUUCCAGAAUGUCUUCUGCUUGUGCAGCUAUUCCAGGUCCCGCCGGUCCCUCCGGUCCAAGUGGUCCAAGUGGUCCAAAUGGUCCAAAUGGUCCAAGUGGUCCAGGUCACAAGUUGGGGGGUCGGCUAUCUAUGGAUGGAAAGCGAGAAGCAUCAGCCAUGGCUGCUGAAAGGCGCAUGUCAGCUGCAUCUGUGCGUGGGGUGAAAAAGCCCAGGAUCAGCCAGACAUCACAAGGGACGCCACAAGCAUCACAAGCACCGCAGACUCGGACCUCAGCUGUUCCUGUGGUUGCCGCGCCCAUGCCCGAAGAGGACGAGUGUUCUUCAAGUUCCUCAGAUUCCUCAGGGACGGAUGAGGAUGAGGAGAUGAGGAAGGCAUUGGAGCUUUCAUUGCAAGACGUGCCCACUCGCACAAACACCACCCCUCAGGAUGAGGAGAAGGAUCUACAAGAGGCUUUGCGACUUUCGCUGGAAUCGGCUUCGUCCCAGGAUGCUCCACCAUCACCAGCGCUGUUUCCAACACUGCUGGCUUCCAAGAGCGCUGCCCCAAUGGAGUUGGAUGAUGAUUCGCAGCUGGCAGAUGAUUCGUCGGUAGACGACCUGGCUUUGACAGUCGAUCUCAAGGAGCGGUGCAAAGACGCAAGUCCACGAGAUAUCUAUGAGGAGCUCGGACUUCGAAAGAGACUGGAAGGCACAGUGCUGGUGCAACAUCAACAGCUCAAAAUGGGUGACUACCUGUGGACGCGUUCUGCAGAAGCUCUUGGUGUUUGCAUUGAACGCAAAACCAUGCGAGACUUGAUCGGCAGAUCUGCGAAAGGUGAUCAUCUGAGGCAACUGCGGCGCCUGAGUGCCAGUCGGCUUCCGAGUGCCUUGCUGUUGGAAGGCGAUAUCUCCACAGCUCCGCGUCAAGUGGCGUAUGGUGCUGAUCCCAUUGCCCCAAGCCAUUCAGAUACUGCGUUGCGCGAAUCUCUGGAUGUACUGUGUCUUCUGGCAAGGCUCCUGCUGGAACAGCGAUGCUUCGUGUUGCUGACGUCCAAUGCCACGGACACAGCCACCUGUUUGGGCUCCUGGAGCUCAGUCAUCAAAGACAUGUCCUGCUGUCCGAAAGUCCCAUUGGAUGCCCUGAAAAAGGCAUCUGAAAGCAGUGACCGAGACCACAGUGACCUGUUGGCCUGCGUUCACGCUGCCGGACUGCCUAAGGAACAUCAGGAAGUCAUUGGCAGGCGGUUUUAUUCUCUGGAUGAGCUGCAAGCUGCGUACCGAAGAUGUCCAGAUGUCCAAAAGCGGCAACUGCUUCUGGCACCGUUGCUCCUUCUUCCGAUGGAUGCCGAUUCACAGGGAGAUCCCUCGGCCAACAACCGUGCGGCAGCGAGCAUUUCCUGCGAGCUGUUUCAGGCUGCAACUGCGCAAUCCGGGGGCUUAAAGUUAACUGGUCCUGCAAGCGCGCCUGAGGUGCAACUCUGUUUGAAAGCCACAACAGGAAUCAGUAAAGAAAUUGCGUCAUUGCCGCAGGCUAAUGGCUGCAAUCUUGAAGCUUUGACUAAGCCACGUUGCAAGGAUGUGGAGGAAGUGCGGAUGCAACUGCUUGGAACUGGAGAAUUCACGUCUUUCAAGUCAGCCAUUCUUCACAUUUUCAUCCUCAACGGAUCUCAGCUUCUGCGCUUUCUGCUGCGUGCUUGGCAGCAGGUGGGCAACAUGGACUUGCCGAAGGUGGCCACGCGCUGCGCAGAAGCCAUCGUGACGAGUUUGGCUUUGCAGUCUGGUGAGGCCCAGAAGCUGGUUCUCUUCGAGGGCAUCGAUGUUGCUACAAAACAGGUGAUGGGAAAAGGGCAGAACGAGCAGCUGUUUCCAGUGGCCAAAGAUGCCGCGAAGCUGUUUCCAGCAGUGGUGGCAGUGCUGGCUCUGAGGUAUCACACCAAUGCGUUACCAUGGCGAAACCGGGCAAAAUUGAAAGAGUUUCUGAUUGCCGUGUUCAAGGAGUUCUCCGAGACGCAACUCCUGGACCAGUGAUUGGCUUCAAAGUGAGCAUCACAACAGCAUCAAAAUGACCGCCGUCUCCGGUGGCCUGACAUGGCUCGAUGUGUGAUUAGCCUAUGCUGCUAGGUUUGGAUCUCAAAAUGGC